GAAUUUCUACUACAUCACUAUGCUACGUGACCCUGUGUCACGCUACCUCAGUGAGUGGAAGCAUGUGCAGCGUGGGGCUACCUGGAAAACUGCCCUCCACAUGUGUGAUGGCCGCCCUCCCACUCAGGAUGAGCUUCCUGCCUGUUACAGCGGUGAAGACUGGACAGGGGUGCCCCUUCCUGACUUCAUGAACUGCCCUUCGAACCUUGCUAACAACCGGCAAGUCCGCAUGCUGGCAGACCUGAGCCUGGUGGGAUGCUACAACAUGUCGUCCAUGAGCGAGCUGGAGAGAGGCCGCGUGCUGCUCGCAAGCGCCAAGUCCAACCUACGCAACAUGGCCUUCUUUGGCCUGACGGAGUUUCAACGCAAGACGCAGUAUCUGUUUGAACGGACGUUUGGCCUGCAUUUCAUCCGGCCCUUCACGCAGAUCAACAGCACGCGAGCUGCUAGCGUGGGAAUCAGCGAGAAGGUGCGGUGGCGCAUCGAAGGGCUCAACGCCCUCGACAUGGAGCUUUACGAGUAUGCCAAGGAGCUGUUCCUGCGGCGCUACCAGUAUAACCGCCAGAGGCAACACCAGGAGGAGCGGCUCAGGAGACGGCAGGAGAGGCAGCAGAGACAGCGGCUGCACAGGACCUAUUUGGCUGAACUCUGGAGACUGGGAAUAGGAGGAGGAGGAGCAGAGGAGGUGGAAGAGGAGGAGGUGAAGGUGAAGGUGCUAGAGGAGGUAGCCACCACAGAGGACUAUGGCAGCCAGGUCGUGCGGUGGUGAGGAGAACACGUGAACUGCAAACACUUCAUCGGUGACUGACGGCUGGUUGAUUCAUUGUGCUUUACUCCCCUCCCUCUGUCUUCCUCCAUCUCGCCUCUGCUGUGAAUCUGCCAAAACCUCCUG